AUGCUACCGACGACCAUUGAUGACUAUGACAAUGGAAAAACUUAUAAAUAUCGGCGUCUUUCAUUUACAGUAAGUACAAAGGAACUUAUUGUGCUCACAACAGAUAAUAACAAAUUUAACGAAUCUGGAGUGUCCAAUCAAAUAGAUGUAGAAUUUGAUUCAUCAGAUCAAACUUGGUUGAAACGUCAAGAAAAAGUGCGCGAAGCUUUCCAGCAUUCAUGGAAUGGUUAUGUUCGUGAUGCGUGGGGAUAUGAUGAAUAUCACCCAAUUUCUCGCGUUGGAUCAAAUCUAUCUCAGCGAGGGAUAGGCUUUACCAUUGUAGAUUCUAUCGACACCCUUUUAAUAAUGGGUCUCAAAGAUGAAUAUUCAAAGGCUCGAGAUUGGAUAGCAAAUACUUUGGAUUUUAAUAUUGAUGGGAACUUUAAUGUUUUCGAGACAACAAUUCGCGUUCUUGGCGGGUUAUUGAGUGCAUACCAUUUGUCUGGGAAUGACACCACUUACCUACAGAAGGCGAUAGACUUGGGCGAUCGUCUGCUUGGUGCCUUUGACUCACCAACAGGAAUACCCUAUGCGUCUGUGAACCUGGCCACACGUGAGGGAAUUCCCUCACAUUUUAAUGAAGGCGUGAGUUCGACGUCGGAAGCAACCACUCUACAAUUAGAAUUUAGAUAUUUAAGUUACCUAACCAACAAUUAUGAUUACUGGUCGAGAGUCGAGGGAAUAAUGUCUACAAUUGAUGCUCUCAGUAAGCUUGAUGGUCUAGCCCCAAUUUAUUUAAGUCCUAAACUUGGCACAUUCUUUGGAGAAACUAUAACAUUAGGAGCACGUGGAGAUAGUUACUACGAAUAUCUUUUGAAGCAGUACCUUCAAACAGCAUGUACUGAACGGUUUUACCGUCGUAUGUAUGACGAGGCCAUUCAAGGCGUCAAAAAACAUCUUAUAAGUUAUUCCUCACCUUCGAGAUUGUUGUUUAUUGGAGAGACCUUAACCUUCGAUACUACUAUUCGCAACAAAAUGGAUCAUCUCGUAUGUUUCAUGGGAGGAAACUUAGCACUUGGCGCAACACAAGGAGAAAAGCUAAAUAAUGCAAAGAAUUUAAGCGAGAAUGACUUAGAGGAUCUUAAAAUAGGGAGGGAACUAACGAAGACUUGCGCCCAGAUGUAUUUUCAUACUGAAACUGGGUUGGCCCCGGAGAUUGUGCAUUUCAACACGCAGGAGGGCUCCACAGAAGAUUUAUUUAUUAAAGCAUUCGAUCGCCAUAAUCUGCUUCGACCAGAAACUGUUGAGAGCCUAUUUAUAUUAUGGAGAAUAACUGGUGAUGUUCAAUACCGAAUAUGGGGUUGGGAGAUAUUCCAGGCUUUUGAGAAAUAUUCCAAACUUCAAGACGGUGGCUACACCUCCCUAGAUGAUGUUACCAUGGUACCACCGGCCGAAACCUUGAAAUAUUUUUAUUUGUUAUUCGGAACCGAUGAUGUCCUACCUUUAAAUAAAUAUGUUUUUAAUACCGAAGCGCACCCACUUCCAAUAUUCAAACCAUCUUUUCCCUCCACAAUGCAUGAAUGA